AUGGGAAAAUUCGUUCCCAGACAACGAAAGCACAAGGUGCUCGCCCGCGAAAGGGCCAAGGAGAACGGCACUAUCCCGGACUCGAAUGCGGAUGAGAUUCUCCCCGAAGACCAGAAGCGUCUACAGGAUAAGAGAGCGCAGCUCAAGGCCGAAUUACAAGGAGACGGCGCCAAGGCCAGCGGCAAGAAGGCGAAGCGGCUGGAAAAGUACAUCACCAACAAGCUUCGCAAAGAUGAGAAUCGCGAAAUCCUCGCCAAGCUCGCACAGCAAAAGGUCGACACGAGCCUUUUCGCGAGUACCAAGACUCUCGGUCAGGGCAAGGAAUCCAAGCGCCAGACCUUGACUAGGGCGUUACGGGAGAAGAACGCCGGAUUGGACGUCGACGCGGAUGCGGAGGAGCUGCUUUAUGAAGAGAGGGAAGAGGCACCCGAGGCGGAUUCCGACGAGAGCGAAGACGAGGCUCCAAAGGCCCCUAAGCCGCAAGCUCCCAAGGCCACGGUCAAGGCAUCUGCGCCAGUACCAGAAGCGAAAUCAAAGUCAACACCAGUAGUACCUCCACAAGCAACAGCGCCAGCACCAGCACCAGUACCAGCACCAGCAUCGAAGCCGGAAUCGCAACCCGCCACAUCUGUGGGAUCUGGUCUGAAGCGCCCGCUGGACGUCGAUGAGUCGGGACGACCAGUGCUUCGGAAGCGUCAAAAGAGGGGCGGCGUUACGUCCAAAUUCUCCAUUGCCGAGCCGGAGAAGGUGAAGGAUGCAGAGGACGACUGGAGUGGUUUCAGCGAUGACCCAGAGGAGAAAUCAAGCGAUGAGGAGGACGCUUCCGUAGAGGAAUCUGGAGAAUCAAGCGAAGGUUCCGAAGAGUCAGAGGAAGACGACGAGGACGACGAAGACGAGUCCACCAGCACAAGGCAAUCUGCCUUCAAGGCCUGGGCUCUUGCGCAAAGAAACGAGGCCCUUGGUUUCGAAUCAACAACAGAGGCCUCUACAGCACUGGAAAUUCCCAGGCCAGAGAACUUCGAGCCACGCCCGCUUGAGCAGGAACCGCUACCUCAGGAACUACAGCCGACGACAAACCUUGCACGCAAGGCAUAUGCUGUCGCUGUGACGAGGACGCCAGAGAUCCAGGAAGUUCGUAUGAAACUCCCGGUUGUUGCUGAGGAACAGAAGAUCAUGGAGAUGAUUCACAACAACGACAUUGUCGUCGUGUGCGGUUCUACAGGUUCCGGUAAGACGACCCAGGUACCGCAGUUCUUGUAUGAGGCUGGUUAUGGUUCUCCUGGCUCUGCUACUCCGGGCAUGAUUGGUGUCACGCAGCCUCGACGAGUUGCUGCCGUGAGCAUGUCAAAACGUGUUGCCCAAGAAUUGGGUGACCACUCGGACAGAGUCGGAUACCAGAUCCGAUUCGAGGGCACAGCUUCGGCCAAGACGGCCGUCAAGUUUAUGACGGAUGGUGUGUUGCUGCGAGAGAUGGCGCAAGACUUCUCUCUGAAGAAGUACUCAGCAAUCAUCAUCGACGAGGCCCACGAGAGAAGUGUCAACACAGAUAUCCUCAUUGGAAUGCUGAGUCGUAUCAACAACAUCCGCAAGGGCGAUGACAAGGUCGAUCCCUCGAUCAAGCCGCUCAAGAUCAUCAUCAUGUCCGCGACGCUGAGGGUCGAAGACAUGACCAACAAUACCACACUAUUCCCCACCCCGCCCCCGCGCACACAGUCCGACUUCGUCGAGGAGGCCUUUAACAAGAUCAUGCGUGGUCACAGGAAGCUGCCGCCCGGAGGCUUUUUGGUGUUUCUUACCGGUCAAAACGAGAUCAGGUACCUGAGCAAGCGGCUGAGGGAAGCAUUUGGUGGUUUCACAGAAGCCAGCGCGCCCAAGGUCCAGAUCUCGGCCACCGACGCGCCUAUGGAGGUCGAAGAUAUCGACUUUGGCGAGGUUGAGGAUACCAUCGCUGCCGACAUUGACGACGGCCUCGACGAGGAUGAAGACAUGGAGCACGAGGACGACAAGGAGUUUGAGAUCGAGGGAGAGGAGGGAGAGACGGGGCCUAUGAAGAUGCAAGUCUUACCUCUUUACUCUCUCUUGCCGACCAAAGAACAGAUGAGAGUAUUUGAGGACCCUCCCGAAAAUCAUCGCCAAGUUAUCCUGGCAACCAACGUUGCGGAAACCAGUUUGACGAUUCCGGGCAUCCGUUACGUCUUUGACUGUGGCCGGUCCAAAGAGCGACAAUAUGAUCGCUUCAGCGGAGUACAAACCUACGAAAUCGGCUGGACCAGCAAGGCCAGUGCCAGCCAGCGUGCUGGUCGUGCCGGUCGUACGGGACCCGGCCAUUGCUACAGACUCUACUCCUCGGCCGUCUACGAGAGAGACCUGCCCGAGUUCACAGACCCCGAAAUCCUGCGGAUGCCCGUCGACGGCGUCGUGCUCCAGCUCAAGUCAAUGAACCUCUCCAACGUCGUCAACUUCCCCUUCCCGACGCCGCCGAACCGUAUGGGUCUCCGCCAGGCCGAGAAGCUGCUCACCUACCUCUCAGCCAUCGCGCCGGAAGGACAAAUCACAAAAAUCGGAUCGACAAUGUCCAUCUUCCCGCUCUCGCCCCGCUUCGCCCGCAUCCUCCUCGUCGGCCACCAACACGACUGCCUGCCGUACACCAUCAUGAUGGUGGCGGCGCUCUCGGCCGCCGAGGUCUUUGUCCCGGAACACCAGGCGAUCCCCUCCCUCGCCGCGCGCGAUGAGUCCGACUUCCGCCGCACCGCCGACAUCAUCGCCGAGGACCGCCAGGCCAACAUCAGACGCCUCUUCAACGCCGCGCACAAGAACUUCUGCUACCUGGACGACCGGUCCGACGCCAUCAAGCUCCUCCAGGUCGUCGGCGAGUACGCCCACGACCCGACGGAGAAGUGGUGCGAGGACCACUUUGUCCGGCACAAGGUCAUGAAGGAGGUGACGCAGCUGCGCCAGCAAAUCACCGAGCUCCUCCGCGCCAACAUCCCCGCCUUCAAGAACCUCAAAUACCAGGACCGGCUCGACGCCCCCUCGGACAAGCAGGUCGCCUACCUCAAGCAGAUGGUGGCCGCCGGCUUCAUCGACCACGUCGCCCUCCGCGCCGACAAGGCCCCCGUGCCGCCCGAGGUGACGCGCAAGCCCGGCCGCGCCAUCGACGUGCCCUACAUCCCGCUCUCGCCGCUCGGCGUGGGCCACGGCGCGGAAAAGUACAUUUACAUCCACCCGACGUCGCCGCUCGCGCACCUCAGCCCGGCCGAGUGCCCCGAGUUCGUCGUGUACUCGCAGCUCCAGCGCGCGACGCAGGGCGCGGACGUGAACAAGACGCCCAAGACGAGGAUGCUCGCGCUCACGGACGUCACGGGCGGGCAGCUCGCGAGUUUGGCCAAGGGCACGCCGCUCGUGAGCUACGGGAAGCCGGUCAAGGAGAUUUCGUCCACGGCGAAUACGCGCGAGGUGUGGGUUGUGCCGUAUCUCAGGGCCGAGGGGGUUGGUGGUCAGGGGUGGCCGUUGCCGAUGAAGAAGGUCGUGCAGCGCAGGGUUGCUGGGAAGGGAUGGGUUGUUGAAUGAAACGCGGGGGAAUUAAAAAAGUUGGUAUAAGCAUAUUUCAAAAGAAUAGAAUGGGACACAAAGACAUUCACUG